AUGGAUAUCAAAGCCAACAACAGUUUCCCCAGUUUUAAUGAUUUAGAUGACUACCUCAACAAACGCAACUCCAACUUCAUAUGGCUCCUCGUGGCCACUAUUAUGUCCUGUGGAUGGAUCAUCUACCUGACAUACUACAAUUCACGCAAUAUUGGACUCAUCCUCACCCUCAUCAUUAACCGACUCUACAAGAACGGAUACAUGCACAUCGGUUCAUUUUCGUUCUCUGUGCUCUCUGGCAAGGUCAUGUUCCGAGAUGUCUAUUACAUCAACAGAGACAUGUCAAUCAGACUACAAGAUGGACUACUCAUAUUUCGCUGGUGGAAGAUGUACAACCCAAAACAGAAACUGCAUGACCCGAAGGCUGAGACACGGCUCUAUGUGAAUAUUAAUGGCUUUGAGUUCCAUGUGUACAAUCGCACGGAUCUGUACGCUCGGCUCCAGGAAGUGUUUGGCCUGGAGCCCACCCUUAUCCCACCUCACAGGGAUGAAGAGAAAGAGCAAGAGCAGAGGGUUGAAACACUGAAGAGUGUUCCCAUCAAAACUGAAUCUCCGGAACCAUCAUCUUCAUGGAGGUCUCUCAUCCCUGUCAUCAAAGUCAACAUCAGUACAGGUCGCAUAGCGUUUGGGAAUCACCAUCUUCCUCAGACCCUCUGUUUGAAUUUUGACGAUGCCUUCCUGACUUAUGCCACCAGAUCACCCAGCAGCCACUUGGAUCAGUUCAUGCACAUUGUGAAGGGUUUUCUUGAGAACGUCCGUGUGAUGCUGGUGCCAAGCCCGCGAUACCUGGGCCUUCAGAAUGAUGAACCUCCCAGGCUCAUGGGUGAGGGCUUUGUGGUCAUGCAAUCAAAUUAUGUGGACAUUUACUACUACCAGGAUGAACCAGGUCUGGUCCAAGAGGAACUGGAGAAUGGAGACAGAGAAGCCUGCUCUGAAGACGCCAAACUACAAGACUUGCCUCCAUGUUGGGGUUUGGACAUUGCAUGUGGCAAAGGAACAGACUUUAACUAUGGUCCCUGGGCUGACAGACAGAGAGACAGCCUUUGGAAGUUCUUCCUGCCUGCAGACUAUCAGCCAAUGACAGUGAGUGACGUUCCCACAUCUGGCAAACCACGACAGAUCCUUGCCUUUGAGCUGAGAAUGAACAUCAUAGCUGAUGCAACUAUAGACCUGCUAUUCACCAAGAACAGGGAGACAAAUGCAGUCCAUGUGAAUGUAGGAGCAGGUUCCUACCUGGAGGUCAACAUACCCAUGACUGUUGGGGAGAAUGGUUAUUCUCCUACUCUUAAAGGUCAGUUAUUACAUGUGGACACCACCAGCAGUAUGCUGUACAGGACACUACUAGAGGCUGAGAUGCUGGCUUUUCAUGUAAUAGCCAGCUACCCACGUGUGUGGAACAUGCCCCAGUCCUGGCAGUGUGAAAUCGAGGUGUACAAAGCCACAUACCACUUCAUCUAUGCACAGAAGAACUUUUUCACAGAUCUGAUUCAGGACUGGGCCAGUGACAGUGAGCCUGACAUCUACUCAUUUGUUCCAUAUUCGUGGAAGUUUAAGAUACUCUUUCACCAGUUUGAGAUGAUUUGGGCUGCCAAUCAGCACAACUGGAUUGACUGCUCCACCAAGCAGCAGGAGAACGUAUAUCUGGCCGUCUGUGGGGAAACGUUGAAUAUUGACUUUAAUUUGCCAUUUCACGAGUUUGUCCCGGCCACCUGUAACACACGCUUCUGUUUGAAAGCAGAGGACACAGACAUGCGCUUGUGUCUGCCUGACUGUCACCCCAGCCGGUACCCGCUGCUCACCCUCGCUAAGGAUUACCAGCACUGUAAGACUCCUUCUGACAGCAAUAUGCCAGCAGAAGGUCAAGGAGUCCCUUCCAAAAACAGCAAACCUCGCUGGAGGAACAUGACUCAUGCAGAGACUGGUUGGGUGGACUGCUGGAGUGUGCCAAACAUCAUCCUCAGUAUAGAGUACACCUGGCAUCCCAUUUACCCUCAGAAAUCUGACCAGCAGCUCAAACAGUCAUUGACAGAAAUAGAGGAGUCAAUGCUGUCAGCACUGCGGCCACCAGAACUCGCUCCACCUUUGCCUCCUCCUCCUAAAAUCCCCUCUGACCCCAGCCUGAUGCCCCCAGACCGUUUACAUGUGGAGAUGGAGCUGAGCCCAGACUCCCACAUCACCCUUUUUGGCCCUCUGCUCAGAGCACUGGUGUCUAUCAAGGACAACUAUUUUGGAGAGGAUGACAUGUACACUGACUUUGAGGAGUCUCUUUCCAGCCCUGUUCUGAGUUCCUGCUCCUAUUCAUCUGGUUGGACAGUGGUGGACAUAGAGGAAAACAGGUGUAAGGACACACCACACCCUCUCUCCCUACGGCCCUGGGAUAUCACUGUACUGAUCAAUAUACACAAGGUCCAUGGACACCUUCCAACGCAUUGCAGUAGUGAUGGUCCUGAGGGCCCCACAGGCUUCAUGGAGCGUCUGUGUUUUGAGAUGAAGAAGGGUUAUAAAGAGAACAUUUUGCAGCUCGUACUCUCACCUAUACAUGUAUUUGUCAGCGAUAACUAUCAGCGGCCUGCAGAUGAUGCUGUGUUACGAGAUGGGCAUCUGAGCCUCUUGGGGUUGCAGAUGAGAGCCCACGCCAUGUUCUCAGCAGAGGGUUUACCAGCGGGUAGUGACUCACUGGAGUAUGCUUGGCUCAUUGAUGUGCAGGCUGGAGCUCUCACAGGAAGAGUUACCAUACCACAGUGUGUCUCUCUUCUGGAGUGGGGUGAGGCAUUUGUGUUCCAUGUAAGGUCACGAGAGUUCCAGCUAGAACAGCCAAAACCAUUGGUUACCUGCCAGCAUGGAGUCGAUCGCAGAGUCUGCAAUUCCAAGCAUGCUGGCCUGCCUGGUCCUUGUCGGACAUCAGAGGAUCUGAAGUAUACCAUGACUCGUCUGACUGUUGACGGAUCCCAGAUUUUCAUUGUUGAACAUGGCUGUGUGGCCAACAUUAAGACUGGAGCUUUGCGGUUGGCCAUCUGUAACCUGCACACAGCUGCUGUGGGUGAAGGCAUCAGUGCCGUUCUGCAAGAUGUUGUGAUUGCUCAGUUCAUCGAGCAACAGGAAGUGGCAAGGCUUUGCCUGCCCCCGCCCCUCCUUCGGCACUCUCAUUGGAUUGAAGCUGGUUCUGUGACCUUUAACCUCAUCACUGCUGAUGUGGCAUUGGCUGCUGAUCAUCCAGCCAAAUAUGAGGUCCAGAGGCAGUUUCUGGAGCUUCACGACCUGAAAACAAAGAGACUUUGGUUUCUUUGGCCGGAGGAGAAAUAUAAGCAAAGCCGUAACCACUGUGGAUGUCUUGGUGGAUGUUGCUUUUUUGGUGGCUCAGUUGGUGGCUUUGACUUCUUCCAUCUGGAGGAAAUCACACCGUCAUCAAGCUCUGGCUUCUCCAAUAUUAGUGCUGAGAGUGACAUGUCUUAUGGCCAAUCACUAUUACAUCCAGGAGAAUGGAUCUUCACUAAGGAAACUCCUAAACUAAACGUUAAGGUUGUUGGUAUGCAGCAAGAAACAUGUUCUCCUGCUCCAAUGGCGGACAUGGAAAGACGUGGCCAGCACCUCAGUCUGCACAUACCUCAGUGUUCUCACAGUUCUGCCUCUUCCUCAGAGGAGAACUCGUCCUCCAGUGCUGCCCUGCCUCUAUUGGCUAGAGAACGAGAGAGUUCCUCCCCCUCUGCAGAGUGGUUAAUGAAUGUCACCACUGAUGGUCCUCUCCGUAAGGGUCCACCACUUCACUCUCCACUCUGCUCUCCUCUCAAGCUGCUGACCUCUGUCAAGUCAGUUCGCCUCGGCAGCACCAAGAGCCUAUCGGCUGCUGUAUUUGCAGAGAAAGCCACACCUCCUACUGGUGUGCAGUUACCUACCUCCUACCUCUCGGUUGACUCCAUGUCUGUAGCUGACAGUGAAGCCUACUUUAGUGCCAAUGAGGAGUUUGAACCAAUCAGUAGUGAUGAAGGACCGGGUACCUACCCAGGGAGAAUACGCAGACAAAGACAACGGGGUCAGCCCCACACACAACACAGCUGCACCUCUUUAUACCAUAGUGUGGAAGGACCUCUGUCAAUCACUCAGACCCGCCAACCUCCACCGCCUAGCCACACCUCCCAAGCCUUAUUUGUGUCUGCACUUAGGUUGGAGGAGGAGGGCUCUAUUGAAACAGAUAAGGCAGAACCAGGCCUACUGACAACACGGCCACAUUUAAUGGCUUGUUACCAAAAUUACCUAGCACAUUACCAUAUGUCAAACUGGACCGUGAAACAGCCAACCAAUAAGAGAACAUCGAAGUCAUCUUUGCAUCGGCCACAUGACCUUGACAUGCCUACAAGUGAGGAGAGCUCUGUCUCUUUUGACCAGUUGUCCACCCUGUCCUUUAAGAUGGUGAAGGCAGGUUUGUCUGCCAGCUCUCUUUUGGACAGAGGAGUUCAGCUAAUGGAAGAUCCAAACGGCACACCUUACACACCCCUUGACAAGCAGGCAAUGGACAACACAGAUGAGGAAACAAUGACAGAGGACUGGACUGUUGAUCAGCCCCUUGCCCAGACAAGAACCACAGCCAUUGUAAAGGUUAAAGGGGCAGUUAAUGUAGUCCUGACUCCUUUAGUAGCUGAAGCACUGGACAGGUACAUUGAACCCAUGGUUUACUUUGCCAGUAUUCGCCACCCUGCAUCAAUCCUGGAUGACCUGCAUGGGAAAGUACUGAAUGAAGUGUAUCAUAUCAGCAAAUCCACUGUCUCUGAGUCUAGUACAGCCAAGCAAGAGCACAAAAUAUCUAAGACAGAGGGAAUCAUGCCUGGAUCUCUGAAAACACCCCAUGGCCAAACCGAUCUGUCAAUCAAGCCCGACAAUGUGAAGAUAAAGGGUUUGCAGGCUAAUGUCACUAUUCCUAAGGUGAACCUCUGUGUGCUUCAGGCAUCAGUAAAAGAGGGUUCACCCUCCAAUAAAAGUGUGACACACGUCUCUCUUGUGGCCUUAUGUUUUGACCGCAUCGAUACUGAGCUGCGCAUGAACAGUGGUAUAGUGGAGGCCACAGAAAAGCCCUCAGUUAUGAUGGAGAAGCUCUCAUCUGCAUCUAAAAUGGCGUCGCAGUGCAGUGGUUCUCUCCGCUCUAAUGCUGGAAUUGAGAAAGGCAAAGAGAUUGCAGCAAAACUCAACAUUUACCGCAUACACAGCCAACUACGCGGCCUGGACUCAUCAGACCUUGGCUCUUGUGCCAUCACUGCCAUUCCCUUUGAGAAGUCCAAGGUUCUCUUCAGUUUGGAGGAAACUGAUGACUUUGUCUUAGUGGAUGAGACUGCGCCCCAAAUCUCUACUGAUCAUGUCCCUGACCACACCCGCUCUGGAGCCAAUCCUGAGAAGUGGGGAUGGAUUAUGUUUGAGUGUGGAAUUGAAAACCUCACUGUCAAAGGUGGGCGGCAGUCAGGAGCCGUGCUCUACAGUGCAUUUGGCGUGAUGGGUGGGGCUGAAUCGAAUUCGAAAUCAAAUGAUUCUAGUGGUUCUCAGACAGGAAAUGGCUAUAGCACUGAUUUUUCUGAUGACAACCUGCCUAAUGAUGCACAGAGCCCUACCUCUGAAUCCAACAACAACAACUCUGAAUUUGAUGAACAGGAUGAGGGGGUGGAGUCAGAUGACCUGAAAAAGGACCUGCCUUUUUUGCCUCCUCCUCCUGACUCCAGCAGUAUGAAGCUGACUAUAAAGGAGAUCUGGUUCAGCUUUGCUGCCCCAACCAACAUUCGUUCUUACACACCAGCUAUGUCCAGGCAGCUUAAUUUCUUGAGUACCGUGACCCCUGCGGUUGAAGCAUGGUUGGUUCACAUUGACCAGCUGAAAUCCUCACUGCAGAAGUUGGACAAGAAGGCCACGCUGCGUGUGUGUGCAGUUAUGGGCUGUAUAAUGAUUGAGGCCUUGGAGAAGGAGAGUAUUCAUUUUCCAUUUCGCAGCAAGUAUAACCAAGUUGCAAAGCAAGCACGGUAUCUUCAUGAGAACCCAUCCUGCUUGCUGUGUAAUAUUCUACAUUGCUACCUACAGCAGGCUGAUUACAGCAUUAUAGAGGAGGCCACCAUGAAUGAUGGACUUCCUACUCUUGUCAACCUGAGAAAAGGUUUGGUGGCACUUGCCCUUCAGUGGAUGAAAUUGAAAUUCAUUGCUCAGGGCUUUAAGGCUGUUGGUCUGCCACGACCAAAUACGUUUCCGAAGCCCAAAGAGCCAGACCCCAUUGAGCCUGAACCAACACAGGGGCUUGACUGCACCCCUGACUUGCAGAGUGACACCAGUUCUGAUGGAGCAGAGUUUGAGUUUGAUGGUGCUGUAAGUGAACAUACCAUGCUGUUAGAGAGAGUAUGUAGUCGUCCUGUUCCAACUGGUAACUCCGGUCCCAUGACUGGAGUUGAGAUCAUGAGAAAACGGUCCAAAUCACGCACACACAGCGAGUCUGCUCUCAAGAUCAAGGGUUCCCACCCUUACCAGUCCCUGAGCUGCCCAGCUGCCGAUUCUCCCGCUCAUGUCCGUCGGACAGGCCUACAGUCCAGUCACAGCCCUCGGAAGGAAUCUCAGCUAAGCUACUUUACAGGAAGCAUUCACAGUCUGCAUAACCUGCUCGAAGCCACGCCUCAUCGAGCCAACGAACAAGCCGCAGCCAAGAGUAGCUCUCUCUCACGUACAGACCCUGGAAUUCAUGGAUUCAACCGCUCUCAACACAACAGCCUGCAGUCUGGAGGAGUGCUCCCCACUAUUCCUUCUGCAUCUGAUUUUAACACUGUAUUGUCAAGUGAUCAGAAUACUCUGGACGCACACUCUAAGCACACACACUCCCAGCACAGCACAAGCCAGGAUGAACUGCUGGAGCAAGAUGCACAGGUGGUGUUUAAACCUUUGUUGAGUUACAUUGGUAUCCAGCCCCAAGAUGCUCCUCCACUCAGUUAUAAGAUGUAUUUUGGGGAGCACCUCUCUUUUAGUGGCACUCUUGAGUGUUUGAGAGCUGACAUUGUCAACUCUGACACCAGCAAAGUCAGGAAGAACAAACGAGCACACAGGCAGGGCAUGGUGAACCUCCCCCCGCUUGAGUUCAAGCCCGCUCUCAUGAUUGAGACAUUAAUCUUGGAGAAGUGCAUGUCCACCCAGAGAUCGCAGGCCAGCGUGCACUGCCAUUUCACCCUCGCUUGCCAGGUGAUUCGCCAGCACGUGAAUAUGGCUCUGGUUCGCCUCAUUCACCAAUUCAGCACCAUGAUCGAUGACAUCAAAGCCACACAGACCGACAUCAAACUCAACCGCUACACCGCCAGCUCCACGUCCCCUAUGCCCACCAAGGGACAGCCAUACGGGGAGUUCAGCCGCAGCUCUCGGGGGAGUUUGAAUGGAGCUGCUCGACUGAGCAAUCAGAAAGGCAAGCACACUGUGGUUGGGCCAGGGCUCGACACACUCACCAGGAACCGGGAGCCACGUGGAAGGGGCACGCUGGGAAGUUCGGAGCGGAGGACGUCAAAAGUUUUGCGGAAAGGUUCACGUGAUGUGGCCGACCACAUGAUUCAGAUGGAUGACUCAGACUCCAUCACAGUGUCAGAACCAUGCAAGCCAUUGGCCGAGUGCUGGCAGAAAAUGUACAAACUUCUGAAUUUCUCACUCACAUCAGACCCCACAGGCAUCCUGGAGAUGAAUCAGGGCUAUGGUCCCUCAGGUGGGCGGAGCCCUGUGGAUCCUCCUUGUCGAUUGGUGUAUGAUUCAGAGGGCGAGACACCACCCAGUCGACUGGGUCGUAGGCGGAGCUUGGUGAGCACUGAGCCUGAACACUUUAUGAUGAUUGUGUUUGGUGUUGGCACGGUGAACCGUACACACCUGGAAGCAGACAUCGGAGGACUGACCAUGGAGGCGGAGCUUAAGAAAAUACACAGCAGUUUUUCUUUAAAGGAGAAAAAAAUGAAGGACAUUCUUCUUCAAAGCGCCUCGGCUCACAUCGGAUGUGUGAACAUUGUGCUUCUGGAAGGAGUCACUCCAGACAUACAACUAGAGGAUUUUCCAACUAACCAGCACAAUAAAGCAGGAGUUCCUUUAUGUUUAAAAGUUUCUCAGACGGUGGUGAAGUGUAACAUUGCAAAGUCCCAGGCUUUAUAUAGCGCUCAGCAUGGACUGAAGACCAAUAACGCUGCUUUAUUUAAAGUGGGUGCCAUCUUCAUCAACAUCCCGCAACACCCCGCAACACUGCACAGCAUGAUGGUGCGCAGCUCACACCAGCUCUCUAAACAGAUUUCGGACCUCAUUCGGCAACCCUCCAACAUCCCACCUCCAAACAGAAAAGACACGCCUACUCCACAGCCCUCUGAAUUGAGUGUCAAUCAAAUUCCAGUGGAGGCCAGUGAGUUUCCUCAGCUGCCCGAGGGAUUGGAGAAGAAGCCAAUCGUGUUGAAGUUCAGUGCGAUUCUGGACGGUAUCACUUUUGGUGCAGCUCUGUUGCCCUCUCUCAAAGCAGAAUACAAGAUGGGCCGUAUGAAGAGUCAUGGCAUGACAGGUGCUCAGACACGCUUUAGUUUUGAGCUGCCCAAUCACAAGCUGUGUUUCCAGUCGAAGGUUUCCCCUGUGGACGUGUCGGCCAUGCCCCCCACCGCCAGCCUGAACCUGCCUCCUGUCACCAUGUCAGGACAGUACAUAAUACAGGAGCACGAGGGCCACAGCGACACUGCCUGGGCCCCAGAAUACAGCAGCUAUCUGCAGGGAGACUACUUGCGCUGUGUGGCUGAGAUUGGCUCUUUUGAACACAACUUGACCACAGAUUUGCUCAACCACCUGGUCUUCCUACAGAAGGUCUUCAUGAAGGAGGUCAAUGAGGUCAUCCAGAAAGUGUCAGGAGUAGAACAGCCCAUCCCACUCUGGAAUGAACACGAUGUGUCAACAGACGGGGACAAACCUAAAGUCCUGCUUUAUUCUAUUAACCUGACAGUUAAGGGGAUUCAGAUGACGGCCACCACUCCCUCUAUGAUGGCUGUUCGCUUUGAAACGGGAUGGAUUGAGCUUGAACUGUCCAAUCGGGUUCAGUGCAAGACCACACCCACAGGAAGUAACUAUUUGAAGCUGUUUGGGAAGUGUCAAGUGGAUCUCAACUUGGCACUGGGCCAAAUUGUCAAACAUCAGGUGUAUGAGGAGAUGGGGUCAGAAUUCCUCCAGGUUGCGUACUUUCACACAAGAAUCGGCUUGCGCAAUGCUCUACAGGAGGAGAUCAGUAGAUGCUCUGACAAAGAAGCGGUCCUUAUCACUCUCAGCCGUCCUAUCGUUUUUGCCCAACCAGUGGCAUUUGACAGAGCUGUGCUGUUCUGGCUGAACUAUAAGGCUGCCUAUGACAACUGGAAGGAACAGCGCUUGGCUCUGAACUCAGACAUUCAUAUGGCCACCAAAGAGGUGGUCGAUAAACUGCCAGCCAUACAGCAGAGCAGUGUCCAGGCCUUCAGUACUCUCUUCCUGCAGCUCACUGUCAAUGACCUGGGCAUCUCCCUGCCAAUUAAUAGCACCUCACAGUCCAAUCACACUUUAGAUUCUGACACUGACUCAGCGCUGGUAUUGACCAUUGAGAGUACACUAAUAACAGCCUGCUCCUCCGAGUCUUUGGUCAGCAAAGGCCAUUUCAAGAACUUUUGCAUUCGAUUUGCUGAGGGCUUUGAGACAACCUGGGAUGACUGGAAGCCUGAGAUCAGAGGUGACCUGGUCAUGAACGCUUGUGUUGUCCCUGAUGGUACCUAUGAAGUUUGUUCCAGAACAACAGGCCAAGCCUCUGCAGAGAGCAGCAGUGCAGGGAUGUGGACCUUGAACGUUCUGUGGAAGAUGUGUGGUAUUGACGUGCACAUGGAUCCCAACAUCGGCAAACGUUUAAAUGCUCUGGGUAACACACUAACAUCUUUGACGGGUGAGGACACGGAUGACAUCACAGAUCUAAACUCAGUUAAUGUUGCUGACCUCUCAAAUGAAGACGAGAAUGAUGGCACGUCUCCCUCUAUAUAUAUGAGCAACACAAGGCAAGGGUCCAGUCUGAUGCCCGGGGAGGGUCCCAGACUCUCGUUCAGGAAGCGGCUGGUGAACAGCAUUCUGGGCUUUAGCCCCAGCCCCCCUCCCUCACCUUCUGAGUGUUGUAAUGUUUCUCCAUCAUCCUCAAUCACUCGGCUAAAGUUGGGCAGUGUUUGCCAGCCAGCCACUGCCAAUGCAGAACGAACUAGACAUCCCAGACCCCUGUCCUGGGGCUGUGAGUCUGUUGACCUGCGCAGACAGGCAGUCAUAAGCAACCAAAUAAUCGAUGCUCGUGGGCGUAAAUCUUCUAAGCGCCUGGUGGACAUUAGAGAACUCAACGAGCAGGCCAAGGUCAUUGAUGAUCUCAAGAAACUAGGAGCAAGUGAAGGCACUAUAAAUCAGGAAAUCCAGCACUAUCAGCAGUUGGAGUCUGUUGCUGUCAACGAUAUCCGCUGGAAUGUGCGCAAGAAACUUCGUCGCUCUAGCAUGCGGGCUGCAUCAUUGAAAGACAAGUGGGGUUUAGGGUACAAGCCCAUCUACAGCAACAGCAAGUUAAAGAGCGACUCAAUCACAGGCAGACCAGCAUUCAAGAGGGACGACCUGCCAGACAUAAAAGUGGAUGCAGCAUCUCCAGCACCGAGGGUUACCUUUAACAUUGACAUGUUCCCGGAGGAGACAGAGAUGGACCUGCUGUCUGUCAUCAGUGAUGAUCCUGCCAAUUACCCAUCACGCACAGUGUCCAGUGCACCUGGCACACCUGCUAUCUUCUCACCAACCGUUCCCUUCCAGCCUGACUUCAGUCAUCGUGAUGACCUGUCCUCAACAUCGUCAGAGGAAUCAGAUAAAGAUGACGAGUUUGACAGAGAGAGGCCGCACAGCUGCUACCGCAGACCAGGACACUCUUCUAAAAAAAUGAAGUCAUCUGGACUGAGUGCAUUAUUCAGCGAGCGUUGGCAAGCCACACCCCCUCAGUGUGCAGGAGUAGCCCCACCCACUGAACGAAACAUUGAUUUUGAGCUGGAUAUACGAGUUGAGAUUGACAGCGGCAAGUGUGUGCUACACCCCAGCACCCAGCGAAGACAGCAUAAAGACCUCGCACUGCGGAGGAGUUGUGAGCGGAACUCCACGAGUGUGGAUCAGGACUUUCCACCUAAGAAGCAAAAAAUGCAGCCCAGUUUUUCCUCCAGCUCUCAUCUGCUGAGUGCUAAGAGAGUGCCCACCUCUCUGCAGAGCAAGAGCAGUAACAUCAAGACCACUGUCUUCUACAUCCCUGGAGUGGACGUUAAGCUACACUACAACUCUAAAACGCUGAAAACCGAAUCGCCCAAUGCCUCUCGUGGCUCCUCCCUUCCCAGAACCCUGUCCAAAGAGUCCAAGCUGUUUGGUAUGAGAGAUGCACCUGCACCGCCAGCCUCAGGCCUUGGCAAGACUAAGGCACUCCUCUCCCCACCUCCCCCUCCAGCAGCUAAAGGUAAGCCGAGUGCAGGGGGGAAGACAGCAAAGCUCUAUGCAUGGGUUGCCCUGCAAACACUGCCAGAGGAAAUGGUCAUCAGCCCAUGUCUGCUGGACUUCCUGGAAAAAACUCUGGAGACCAUUCCCAUCCCACCAGUUGACAGGAACUACACAACCCUGAAUGUACCUGAGGAAGAUGAUUCUGUAGAGUCUCAGGUGUCUCUUGUAUCUUCUUCUACAUCUCCGUACUCUUCCUUCCCUGUGGAUGUGGUGGUUUAUGUCAGGGUGCAGCCAUCUCAGAUUCGGUUCAGUUGUCUGCCUGUGUCUCGAGUGGAGUGCAUGCUGAAACUUCCCUCUCUGGACCUGGUUUUCUCAUCUAAUAGGGGUGAGCUAGAGCCCACCAGUUCCACCCAUCCAGCUGAUGGCCAACACAGACCCUCUUUCACACCUCCAUCAGUUCACAAUGCCAACAGAGUGUCUGGUAGCAAAGGGUUAGGCAGUCCAUUGGGGCGGAGUUGCCAUCACAGCAGCCAAUCAGAUUUAACAGGCCCUCUGAUGAACUCGUCAGGUCUGAGUUUCACUGCCUGCAUGUCUGAUUUUUCACUUUAUGUGUUUCAUCCUUAUGGAGCCGGCAAGCAAAAGUCUGCAGUCACUGGCCUCCCACCUGGACCAGGACCACUGGGAGCUGUGGAUGAGGAGGCAACUUCAGUAACUGGCAGGAAAGACUCUCUCUCCAUCAACUUGGAGUUUGUGAAAGUCAGUCUUUCCAGGAUGAGACGGGCUGGAUGUCCAGCAUUUAUUGACACCUUUACUACCAGCAAGGGUGGGAAGAUGGACACAACACUUAUCAAUAUCUCCGCGGUGUGUGAUAUCGGUUCUGCAUCCUUUAAGUAUGACAUGAGACGUCUGAGUGAGAUUCUUGCCUUCCCACAAGCUUGGUACCGCCGAAGCAUUGCCAGGAGAUUGUUUCUUGGAGACCAGACCAUUAACUUACCAGCCUCAGGUCCUGCCACACCGGACUCAGUGGAGAGCUUCACCCAACACCUGUCUCCUGAGUCCAGCCAUAAAGCAUACUGGAGGACAUGGGAAGGACAGGCCAAUCAACACCCCUCUUCCUCCAUCUUCAAUGAUUCCACAACAAGCCACGCACACCUUAAGUCUCCUGCCACGGGACGGUCCCGAAAUGUGUCUGACUCCGCAGCACCUUGCAGAGAGACAGUGACCAAGACCUCUACCCCGUCAUUCCGCAAUGGAAAAGCAGCGGCGCAGCAGGGAUCGCCAUGGGAGACGCUGGUGGUGUUCGCCAUCAAUCUUAAACAACUUAACGUCCAGAUGAACAUGAGUAACGUUAUGGGCAACAAUACUUGGACGACAAGUGGGUUAAAGAGUCAAGGUCGUCUGUCAGUAGGCAGUAACAGAGAUCGUGAGAUCAGCAUGUCUAUUGGACUGGGCCGCUCCAAACUGGAUUCUAAAGGUGGAGUGGUGGGUGGCAACAUUGAAGUCAACACCCUGGAGAUGGUCUCCCACAUUUCAGAACAUCCAAAUCAUCAGCCAAGUCAUAAGAUCCAGAUCACUAUGGGCUCCACUGAGGCCCGGGUGGAAUAUAUGGACUCCAGCAUAUUAAUGGGCGUCUUCAGUAAUGCUGACCUACAACUGCAAGACGAGUGGAAGGUGAACCUGUGCACCACAGAGGCCAGUCUGUCUGAGAAGAGUGAGAUCUUCGUGCAUGGAGACCUGCAGUGGGACAUAUUUCAGGUGAUCAUCUCAUGCUCCACCACCCCUGACCUGAUAAAGAUUGGCAUGAAGUUGCAGGAGUUCUUUACACAGCAGUUUGACACCAGCAAGCGGGCACUGUCCACCUGGGGCCCUGUGCCAUACAUGCCUCCCAAAACCCCAGUCAUCAACAUGGACAAAGGAGCAGCUGAACUCUACAUGGAUGCAGCUCAUCACAGGCAUUGGCCCAAUGUGUUGAAGAUGGUGGCAGGAUGCCACAUUUCCCUGUUCCAGAUGCCCCUCCCAGAGGAUGCUGUGCAGCUUGGUGGUUCAAUGAGUCUCCAUGGUAACCAUAUGAUGCUGACUUGUUUCCACGGGCCUAACUUCCGUUCCAAGUCCUGGGUGCUGUUUCACCUGGAAGAGCCAAACAUCACCUUCUGGACUGAAGCACAGAAGAUCUGGGAGGAUGGCUCCAGUGAUGACUCUACGUACAUUGUUCAGACCCUUGACUUUCACCUAGGGCAUAAUACCAUGGUAACCAAGCCUUGCGGUGCUCUGGAGAGCCCAAUGGCAACAAUCACCAAGAUUACCCGGCGUCGACAUGAAAACCAUCCGCAUGGGGUGGCUACAGUCAAAGAAUGGUUCAGCUAUGUCACUGCCAUGAGGAACGAAGAGCUGAACUUAUUGCGGAAUGUGGAUGCGAUUAACUCUGAGAGCGGAGCCGCUGCAAAGAGCUCCAGUCUUCUGAGUGGCUUUAGAGGCUCUUCCAGCUACAACCAUGAAACUGAGACCAUUUUCGCACUUCCCAAAAUGCAGAUCCAAUUCAAAUCCAUCCAUGUGCAAGACCCAGAAGAACCCUCUCUUAGCGAUGCCAGCAGUAAGCCCAAAGUGGAGUGCAGCAUGGUGACUGAGUUCACCGAUCACAUAUGUGUCACCAUGGAUGCAGAGCUCAUAAUUUUCCUGCAUGACCUGGUGUCAGCAUACCUAAAAGAGAAGGAGAAAGCUCUGUUUGCAUCUCGGCCUGGUCAGAAGAGCCCUACAGCACAAUGGGAUGAGAACUCAUCAGAGAAGGUAAAAGAGCAGAUGGUGAACUUCACCACAGUGGACUGGAGAGAGUUCCUCUGUAACACCUGGCAUCUGGAGCCCACAUUACGGUUGAUCUCAUGGACAGGUCGUAAGAUUGAUCCAGUAGGGGUGGACUACGUUUUGCAGAAGCUGGGAUUCAAUCAUGCCAGGACUACCAUUCCCACGUGGCUGCAGAGAGGGGUGAUGGACCCUCUGGAUAAUGUUCUGUCUGUUCUCAUCAAGAAACUCGUCACAGCACAACAGGAUGAGAAAGAGAAGAAAGGUCAAAGAGACAAAGACAAGCAUUAACCCAAACACUUCAAUGUAUUAAUGCAGUUCCGUUAUCUGGAACCAGAUUUUUUUAUUAAAUUGUUUUUACCUUGAAAGUACUGGAUUUAUUGCAAACAAAAAACUACUGUACAGCACACCAAACAAACACAUAACAGUCACUGCUAUACUGUGUGAACACUGAUGUUUGCCCUGGUUCAUAUGGCCAUAGCUCUUUGAUUGACUGAAAGAGUUGUUGUUGUUGCUUUUUUUUUAUUGCAUUUUUAUUUUCAGACCAAGUAAAUGUUGGAUAAUUGCUGCUGAAUGGCAUUUGGACUUUUAACAUGGAUUAAAUGCACUUCACCGAUACUAACAAAUGACCAGUGAUCUUAAGAUACAGUAUCCAGAUGUGCUCUUGAAACUAUAAACUAAAUGUAAGGAGCAAUAUGCAUCCUGUGUUCUUUUCUGCUGUGAAUAUAUGGCUGAAAAUUGCCAAUCAGAAUUUCUAAGUAGUUUUGGGAGCAAACGAGAAAGGUAACUGCUGAUGAGGUGGUGAAGUGUUCUUUUAGACUGCAGAUAACAUCCCUAAACCUGAUUAUUCCUUUGAGAGUGACCAAAGUUUAUGAUGCCUGUGUAAUAUUUUUUUUUUUUGGACUGAUCAAUGUCUCAGAUAUUCUAUACCUGUGAAUAAAACCUCAGAUUGUGCUGUGUAAUGUGAACUGGCCUAUAAAACAAGGUUCUAAAUUAAACUCAUUAUGUAAACAACAUAAAUGCUCAAACUGUUACCAAUGUUAUGCCUGUGGUGGUAUUUCCUUUUUGCUUUUUCAUAAGUGCAAUAGACCAGUUUAUAUACAGAAGUAAAUAUGUUCAAUAUGCUGAUUUUUUUAACUGAAUAAAGUCAUUAC